AUGGAUAAUAUUAAAAUUCCAACCCGUGUUGAGGAGACAUUUAAUGAUCCAAAGUGGGCUGAAGCCAUGAAUAUUGAAAUGGAGGCGUUGCAAAAAAAUAAUACAUGGGACAUUGUUGAUCUACCAAAGGGAAUGAAGCCUGUAGGAUGCAGAUGGGUGUUUACAGUUAAAUAUAAUACAGAUGGUACUGUGGAGAGGUACAAGGCAAGAUUAGUAGCUAAAGGGUUCACUCAGAAAUAUGGAGUUGAUUAUCAUGAUACUUUUGCACCUGUGGCUAAGAUGAAUACUGUCAAAGUUUUGUUGUCCUUAGCAGUAAACUUGGAUUGGACCCUAAGGCAAUUUGAAGUAAAAAAUACAUUCUUACAUGGUGAACUAGAAGAAGAAGUGUACAUGAGUCUUCCACCAGGGUAUAGGGUUACUGGUGAAACAGGGAACGUGUGCAAAUUGAAAAAGGCCAUGUACGGGUUAAAGCAGUCUCCUCAGGCAUGGUUUGGCAGAUUUACCACAGCUAUGAAGAAGUUUGGUUACCGACAGGCUAAUACUGAUCAUACUCUAUUCAUUAAACAUAGGGCUGGUAAGGUGACUUUGUUGAUUAUUUACGUUGAUGAUAUGAUUGUGACUGGUGAUGAUACUGUAGAAAUCGAGGAACUGCAGAAACGUUUAGCAUCUGAAUUUGAGAUGAAAGAUUUGGGCAGUCUGAAAUAUUUUCUAUGA